GAUUAGACGACGGCCGAGCGAGCGAUGUACUGAGAGGCUGACAUAUACGAUUAUUGUUACUUACACCCCGCACAAAAUAUAUUCAAGGAACAGCGAUUUCAUCAUUCGAAGGGGUCCACAACGCCCACGAUGCGUGGGAGGGUGAAUGAGAACAAAUGGGCCACUCGAUAUCGAUCGUGAUCAGGAAGCCUAAGUAUUACUCAGCCUCAGACCGCCAUCUGCUCUAUUAGCCCUAUCUCGAUACGCCUAAUGGAUAUCAGAUCGGGACCUAUUCACACCCUACCUGAGGAACUAUUCUUUAGCGUAUUUUCCACGCUGAUACAAUCAUGGGAUCCAUGGCCUCUUGGACGUCUAUCCUACGCGGAAAGCCCAUGGAUCUUGACCCUCGUAUGCAAGUCGUGGAGAGAUCUCUUGCUUCAGUCGCCACUGCUCUGGAAAUCCUACUUUGAGCACAGGCCGAUCUUUGGCACAGGAACGGCAGUCUACCCUCCUCCUUCCCAAUUAAAUACUUUGCUAUCCUCCGAACGAUUUUCUUCCGUCCCUCUAUCUUUCCAGGUCAGGCUAAUGGCUGCGACGCUCACCUCUGUUCCUGCAGCCUGGGCCGACCUGCUGACGGUCCUCAGUGACAAUAAUGCCAGCCUCGCUCGCCCAAUAAAUCUCAUAAUCAAAGGCAGGGCCGCUAUGGCAUCUUCCGUCGUCGAUCUUUGUCGAACGGUCUUUUCGGGUAACAGGUCGGAAACAAUUAGAAUCGGAUUCGACAUUGAUCACAACUGGACCUUCGAAGGGCAGGCAGGCAUGGAGACUCUGAAAAAUGUCUUCGCAGCGAUGCCUCCGUAUUUUCCCCUUGCCCGACUUUGUGGCUCGUUUUCUCUUUCCAAUGAACAGGUUGCAGACUAUGUCCUUUUCGCACAGAUCAUCAGCCACUGCGUCCAUCUCACCCACCUCAAAAUAUCAUCCCCUCUUGACAGGCGCAUUGCUUAUGCUAUCGCUAGCGCCCGUCCCCCUCUUUCCGUAUUCGAUUGCAAUAAUUACAUAGCAAGUGCACUUUCUCAGGUGCUCUGGACUGUCCGAAGGACAUUGGUAUGGCUUAAUGCGGGGUCUGUAAUACGGGUAACUCACACUGGCGGUACCAUGACGUUUUCCAGCGGCAGGCAAACAUUUGUGUUGCCUCCCUCCGGAUUCCCCCUACUCCGCGAAAUUCAUAUCGCCUUCGAUGAUAGUGAUACAGGGCUCUUAGAGGCCCUAGGAAACACCAGACUACCAUCUCUCUCUGCACUGCGAUUACACCUCAAUCGCACUAGUGACGACCUCCAUGAUGCCGAGCGUCACUUGCGUGAUUUCCAAUAUGCAUCAGCCUUUGCGAACAAGUAUGGUCAACAGACUAGAUUCCUGACCCUCGAUAUGCUUGGUGAAGAGACUGACGGCGCACAAUCUAUACUCAACCAGUUCCCCAACCUCGAAGGGUUAGCUCUGGGAAGCAUUGGAUUAUCGUGUCCGUGCCAUGCAACACUGCAUAAUCUGCGUAUCCAGUAUGCGUGGGAUGACAAAUGGCCACUUCUUUAUCCCGAAUCAGGCCGCUUCCCUGCUCUCAAGACAGUGGGAAUUCCCUCCACGCAGUGGACCGAAGGUCGGGAAGACCUUGAGGCACACGGUAUAGGGGUCGAUCUGUGGGAAGAUAAUUAUGCAUGGGGUGACAGGAACAUGUCGUUUUGGAUGCAAGGUUUUUUCUCUUGAUUGUCGUGGUGUCUCAAGUCUCUGCGUCGUGAUACGAUAUUAUGUUUUUUCAUGUGAUCGUGGGCCUCUACAUGUAACUUAGUGGGUAAUGUUAUGAACCUUCGUUGUUUGACCUUUGACUUAUCUUUCUCUGGGAAACAGUAUCUGCUGUAUAGCGAUGGCCACAGGUUACGAGACCUCUUCUCAAGUAUGAGAAGCACACAUAUG